AUGUCCUCUAUCAGCCUCCGCCUCCGCGCACUCCAGCGUCCCAUCACGUCUCAACUCCGCGCCUUCACCACUACACCCAGCCAUGCAAAGCUGAUGGACACACCCAACCCUGCCUCCAACCUCCCAGACCCUUCUGAAAACUCAUCAGCCGCACCCAACGCCAAGAUGCGUUCCGACACGCAAAACACCGACAAGCAAUCCAGUGCGUCGCCUGAUGAGCACAAGACCGGCGACGACCACCCGGCGAAGCAGCCAGACCACCAGGCGCAACCAACUCGGACGACGGGAAUUGGGGGCGAGACAAAGGUGCAAGGAGGGAAAGAGGGCCUGCACGAGAGGGGCGAUAAGCAGUAG